AUGUCAACGGUAACGUGUGAAAAUGAUAGUGAUUAUGAAUUAAUUAGUCAAAUUCAACAAAAAUUAGUAUUUGAUAAAUUGACCCCGUCAGAAUGUACUGGUGAAGUUCUCAAUGGUUUAAUGUUAGAAUGGAAUCAACUGAAAGCUGAGAUAACAGACGAGUCUAAAACGUCAUUUCAUUAUGAUGCAAAAACAACUGAAAAAGUUCGUUUUGAUACAGAAGCAACUGAACUGAAAGAUCGUGAUGGUGGUGGCGGCAAUAAUUCAAUAACUGCUUUGCGAAUACGUCGUCAACAAUCAAGUGAUAGGAGUUUAAAUUCAUCACCACGAAAAAAGACGGGAAAGAUACGGAUUAAAGCAGCAUUAGACAUUUUAUAUGUUUAUCGUAGUUGUUAUCUGGAAGUAGUCGACGUACCAAUUAUAUCAACAACCGAUUUAACAUUAAAACGGAUAUCGGGAACAAGUGAUGAUGGUGAUGCUAUACAACGAGAAUUUCAAGCCGUACAAAAUCAUCCUUCCGUACAUUUAUCUCGGUCUAUAACGGUCACUGGUGAUCGAAGUCCAUCCGUAGAAAAGUAA